AUCUGGACCAAAACAUUAAUCCCAAGGCUGCAUGAAGAUCAGGUGAGGGGUCUAGACUGGGAAUUCACGCUUAGGGGUUGUUUUCACCAUGUCAAACAGGUAUAGGAACCGCUCAGGCUCUAUGAACGUUGUUACGCUCGAUAAUGCAUCCCGAACUUUUGGGUUUGACAUUUCCUGGGAUGAACACCAGCAUACGACUCAAGAUGGGGGGUUAAUCUACGAAGUUCACCUGCACGGUGGGUCAUGCUUUCAGUUUGGAAACCGAUCAACUCGAAUGUUUGCUCCGUAUGUAGCCGCGGGGGAGGUCUUUAUCGGUAAAGGAAGAAAGAAGCUCGUUGCAAAAGAAGAAGCUGCAUUUUCUUUCUUUCAAGCACACCCAGAAUUUUGGCCUUCAUACUAGGCCCACGUUAGCGGAGUUCACGUUUCAAUGAUCGUAGAGCCGAGCUGCUUCCCGACUGUCGGCAUUUCCAUGUAACCUGGAAUUUCCUGCUUUGCU